GAAACCAAAAAUAGCACAGGGGUAGGGGGGUUCAGACCCCAGUGGAGGAUCUAAAGGUGUCACAUGGACAACUUUGUCGCCCCAUAACACAGACAGAGAGACGGGAGUGGUGUUAAGGUCCAGCAGCCCAACAAAACCUAGCUGAACUUAUCUCACUCGCUGGAUAUAACACAUAACAAGAGGAGUGACUGGAUCUGACUCAGCUUGUCACAUGCACUAGUUGGAGGGGAAAGUCAGACUGAGUGUGGGCAUCCUGUAACUAAGUGGCUGAUCAGUCCUGGACCAUGAAGCUUAGAGUGGCGUUGUUCUUCGCAGGGCUCUUUGGGGCGUUGGCAGCUGUGUUCAUCCUUCUCUCUUUUGGAACCGAUUACUGGCUGCUGGCUUCAGAGAGCUGCCAGUUAAGGCCUAAUGGAUCUGCUGGCCCAGGUGGCGUGACCAUAAAGCCUGGAGAUGUGGUGCUGGAGGGCAAGGGCAGUAGUGAUGUCACUCUAUACCACGAGGGUUUUUUCUGGAGGUGUUCCUUUAAAGGCGACAUGGAGGAUGACGACCUGCUGAAGAGACUCUGGUUCACCAAUCAGCCUGACUCAAAAGUAUGUAUGCCUGCCUACCUCUUCCCAUUCCCUGUGUCUCGUCAGACCCACAAUGCCACAGAGUACGAGUCUUCCAUAACUUACAGAGGUUUCUGGAGCGUCUUUAUGCUCAUUGCUGUAGCAGCUGUGGUGAUUGGCGGCUUCAUCAUAAUCUGCGCUGCUCCGUUUUCCGGCCACCGCUUGUAUAAAGCAGGGGGUGGCUUCUUUCUGAUAGCUGGUUUUUUCCUGCUGUGUGUGGUGGUGAUGUACGUACUGUGGAUGCAGGUGUUGGAUGUGAUAGACCUUUACAUAGACCACCAGCGUGCUCUGUGUUCAGACUUCCGUCUGACCUUCAGCUACGGUCUCUCCUUCAUGUUUGCCCCAAUCGGCAUCUUCUUCUGCCUCCUGGCCGGCCUUCUUUUCCUCCUCAUCGGCCGAACCAUCCAGAUUCACUCCCAGUGACUUACCAGCAGUAGAAGAAGAGCCCGAAUGUCGGGAUUGUAUGAGGGUUUUAUACUUUUCUCAGUCUUUCUGUCGUGUAAAAGCUGGAAUCGGUUUGGCAAUUAUGUGGCACAUGCUUGAAUAUUUUCAGCUGUUGUUGAGCUCGUCAUGCUCACUCAAACCUGAGUCAUUUUCAGCUCAGCUAAGAUAGCACGGAGACUGCGGAGGACCCAAAACAUUUAAAAUGAAAAAUAAACAAGAAAUUUAAAAAAUGCACGAAAAUGAAUAUUAAAAAUAAACCGAGGCGCUAAUUUCUGAAAUGUGCCAUAAAUUAAUAUUUCUGCUGGUCUUCUAUUUAUUUACCCUUCGGUUAAUUUGUCUGCUUUCAUAUUUAAUAUUUAUUACUUAUUUAAUUUCUCUUGUAUUUCUCAUAUCUAUUAAUAAUGAAUAUAAAAGAUUUUAAAUGUAUAUAUUAAUUAAUUUAAUUAUCCCCUAGUGUUUUCCCUGAAACUUCCCCCAAAAUUCACAUUUUCUUUAUCAAAGAAAAAAAUAAAUACAGAAGCAAAUGAAAAUAGAAAUAUAAUAUAAAUUGAUCCGUGUUUAUUUUGAUGUAAUUCUUAGUGCAUUUAAUGGCACAUUAAUGCAUUCAUGACGACAUUUAAUUAUGCUUUUAUUUAUUUUUUUCAUUCUUGAAGUUUUGGUCCUCUGCUGUAUGAAACAUUCACAAGAACAAUGAUUAUGCUGAAGUAUCUGUGGAGCACAGCUUUAUUAGAGUCUCGUGUGUCUGUGAUAUUUUGUGGUAUUUUCUGAGUAUUUUCAUGAAAUUCAGGCACCAGCAGUGAUAUGUUAGUAUGGAAGAGUGCUGUAUGCUUGGAAAUAUUAAAGGAUUGUGUAUGGGCUGAAAAUGUAAUUAAAAAAUAUAAAAGAGUUUGUAAAAUUAUCUACAAAAAGCUUCUAAGGUGGCAUCGUGAUCUGAGUGUAUAGUAAUGGGAAUCAGUACUGGGAAAUAACUUCUGCCAGCUCAUUGCUUUAAAGGUUAAAGCUGGUAAUUCUUGAUAUUUGUUAUCCUCCAUUAAACACAUGUAAGCACCAAAACCAUCAGUAUUUUCUCAAACUGCUGUUCUCUGACUGUAACCUGACUGUGAGGACAAAAAAAACAAGUUUAACUGAUCCUUAAUUAUUCCAGUGUUUUUAGU